CACCAGCUACGAAUACAUAAUGACCACAUCCACUCAACCUCCAGCAAUCGUUUUCACGGAUUUUGAUGGAACCGUCACCCUUCAGGACUCAAAUGAUUACAUCACCGACAACUUGGGUAUGGGAUACCCAAAGCGUAAGGUGAUCAACGACCAGAUCCUUUCUGGUGAAACCAACUUCCGUGAUGGGUUCCACAAGAUGUUGGAAUCUAUCCCUAACUCGUUUGACGAGUGUAUUGAUGUUCUUCUUGCCAAUAUCAAACUUGACCCGGGAUUCAAAGUGUUUUACGAAUGGUGUCGCGCUGAAAAUAUCCCGGUUAUUAUUGUUAGUUCGGGAAUGAAACCAAUCAUCGCUGCUCUUUUGACCAAACUCGUUGGUGAAGAUGCCAUGGCCAACAUUGAAAUCAUAAGUAACGACGUUGAGGUCACUUCUCCAACCAAGUGGGACAUCAAGUACAAGCACCCCGAAUCUGGAUUUGGUCACGAUAAGGCCCAAUCUAUAACUGAAUACCUCAAGACUCACAAUGUUGCCCCCGGGACCACUUUGUUCUACUGUGGUGAUGGUGUUAGUGAUUUGAGUGCUGCCAAGGAAACCGAUUUGUUGUUUGCCAAGAGAGGUAAGGAUUUGAUUAAGUAUUGUAUUGCUGAAGGUAUCCCAUAUACUGAAUUUGGUGAUUUCAUGGAAAUCUUGGCCAAGAUAAAGGUUAUUGUUAAGGAUGGGGGUGAUAUCAAGCAAUUCCAUGCCUAAGAAGGUUUUGUGUUAGAAACGUAUAGAAUAGAGCUUAGAUAGAAUCUAAUGUAGAGUAGUAUAUUUUGUGUCAUAUGAAGGGUUUUUGGCUGUGAAUAACAACUGAAAUCUUGCAACCUAGAGAAGAAAAUCCUAGAUUGUAAUAGAAAGUAGAUGGUCGAUGGAGCAACUGUAGAUGCGUCAAAACUGGUGGUCUGAUAUAAUGCAGGGAUGUU